UUUGUCGGUCACGUGACUGCUCUGAAAACCUUGUGACGAAUCUGAUCUGGUGAUAGAAGUAGAAAAUCAGAGGUAAUAGGAGACUACGAUUAAAAAAAAUAAAUAUCAAGAUUCGUUGAUUGGUUUUAAACCAUCGGUGCCUCCUUCGAAAGAGCCAAAAUGACGGCAGCGGUGUUUUUCGGCUGCACUUUUAUCGCCUUCGGCCCGGCCAUCGCUCUGUUUCUGUUUACCAUCGCCCGGGAGCCGCUGAGGGUCAUCUUCCUCAUAGCAGGGGCAUUUUUCUGGCUAGUGUCGCUGCUGCUGGCCUCUCUGGUAUGGUUCAUCUCAGUUCAGAUCAGUAAUAAGGACAACCCAGGGCAGCAGAAAGGCCUGCUGAUCUUUGGUGUGGUGUUGUCAGUCCUGCUGCAGGAAACCUUCCGCUUUGCUUACUAUAAGCUGUUGAAGAAAGCGAAUGAAGGCCUCCUCAUUUUAAGUCAAGAAGAAACUAUGCCAAUAUCCAUACGACAGCUGGCCUACGUGUCUGGCCUUGGCUUUGGCUUCAUGAGCGGAGCCUUCUCUGUGGUGAACAUCCUGGCUGACUCUGCAGGACCUGGGACCGUUGGGAUCCAUGGAGACUCACAGCACUACUUCCUGUCCUCAGCCUUCAUGACUAUGGCCAUCAUCCUGCUCCACAUGUUCUGGGGUGUCGUGUUCUUCGACGCCUGCGAGAGGCAGCGCUGGUGGGCGGUCGCUGUGGUCGUCGUCAGCCACCUCAUCGUCUCCUGCCUGACCUUCCAGAACCCGGAGUACGUCGCCAGCCUAGUUCCCACCUACAUCAUCUUGUUCUUGAUGGGAGUUUGGGCAUUUUACACCGCUGGUGGCUCCCUCAGAAACCUCAAACUCUGCCUCACCUGCAAAGACAAGGACUUCCUGCUGGCCAACCACCGGCCAAGAUAACACUGUGUGCUCAGCAGAGUUACCGGACUCUAUUUAAAAAUCUUAACACACACACACACACACACACACACACACGCUGAACAUACAGAAGCAUUGCAUAUGAAACUGGAUCACCGUGUUUAUCUCGAAACCUUAAAGCAGAGAACCGAUGGUUUUGGGUCAUGUUCACGUCAGUAAAGAUUUUAUUUUUGUUCACAUUUUUCUCAUCAAUGCUUCAACGUAACGUCUUGCAGCAACACUCCUGACGUCCUUCAGUCAUACAGUGUGACAGCUCUGAUUGUUUAAUCUAAAUUCUGUUUGUACAGUAAGGAGACACUUUAAAGAACCUGGUGUGUAAACGCUGAACUCUCUGACCGUGUGUCUGAUUUAGAACCAGCCUUUAACUUGAGGCUGAUGUUUGUGUUGUAAAACAUAAUGAUGAACAAACCCAGCUUGACUUUCUUGUCCUUGUUUGAACUCACCUUCCUUCUUUUGGUCUUGAACCAAACUGGAGACUCAGACACACUCAAGCUCCUUUCUUUCACAUUAGUUGAUGCUUUAUUUUAUUUUUCAUUUUUCUGUCCACUCAAAUGCAAAAGUGCGUCUGCUUGCUGGUCUCCUGAUUGUUCACAUUGAUUUAGCUUUUUUAAGUUUUCGUACUGAACAAGUCUUUAAAUUCUACACUGAAUGCUUUCUUUGCACCUGAUUUUGUUUUGAUGAUCUUCUGUACAGUUCAUUCGAACACUGACAUUUAAAGCAGAUGGGAUGUAAGAAUUUAUUUUACACAGAAAACCAACAAACCUGCAAUAACAAAUCUUUGUACGCUCAGUCUGUUGCUAGUAAAGAGAAUCAUGGAUGUCUGGAGAGCAGAAUAAAGAUGGGUCUUUGUUGUUUACAGUGGUUAGAAAUAAAUGACCUGAAAAUGAA